CACAAGACAACCUCUGCCCUUUUCACUGGUCUCCAUAAAACAAUUAUGGAUGAUUUCACAGACUGAUUUGGUUAAAGUUUGAUGGUCAUUAUAGUUAGACAUUGAGAGCCAGAGGUUUGCAGCAUUGGCUCAGUCAGCCUGUGGAAAGGAGGCUCAUUCUAUGGGAGACUCUACAAGAGGCCUGUGAAGUCAACAGGGAAAUGGUGCAGAAGUCUACUGUGGUGGGCCUCGUUUUGCUGCUGCUGGCUGCAGGCGGCACGUUUUUUGCCGUUUUCUUUUCAGUGCAGGGCAAGAAGGCCUCUCCUGAACCUGAAAAUGGUUACUUCAAGGCAGCAGUGGCAGCAGAUGCUGGGACGUGCUCAGAGAUCGGCAGGGAUAUCCUGAAGAGAGGUGGUUCUGCUGUAGAUUCUGCCAUUGCUGCUCUGCUGUGCGUGGGAUUGAUGAAUGCCCACAGCAUGGGCAUCGGAGGAGGGCUCUUCUUCACUAUUUAUGAUGCCAAAACAGGAAAAGUCGAAACCAUCAAUGCACGUGAGACGGCCCCUGCAAACGCAACCAGAGACAUGUUUGGAAAUAGUACAGAUCUUUCCCAGAAAGGUGGUUUGUCCAUCGCUGUUCCUGGAGAGAUACGGGGGUAUGAAAUGGCCCAUAAACGGCAUGGCAAGCUUCCAUGGAAAGAGCUGUUUUUACCCAGCAUACAACUGGCCAGAAACGGCUUUCCUGUUGGCAGAGCAUUGGCAAGUGCCAUUCAAUCAAACAGAAACAUCAUUAUGGGUGAUAAGAUGUUAUGUUCUGUGUUCUGCGAUUCCACCGGUAACAUCCUACAGGAAAACCAAACCAUCACUUUCACAAAACUGGCUGACACUUAUGAGGCCAUUGCAGAGAAUGGGCCUGAUGCUUUCUACAGCGGACGGCUUGCUGAGAGCCUUGUGAGGGACAUCCAAGCUGCAGAUGGGAUUCUAACUCUGGAGGACUUGAGAGAUUACAAGCCCUUAUUGGAUGAUUACCCCCUCACUACCACCGUGGGUGAAUACACAAUGGUGACACCAAACGCGCCUGCCAGCGGCCCAGUCCUCACACUGAUACUCAACAUCCUGAGCGGAUACAACUUCAGUUCAGACAGUGUCUCCACCACUGAAAAGAAAACCCUCACCUAUCAUCGCAUAAUAGAGGCAUUCCGGUUUGCGUAUGCCAAGAGGAGCAUCUUGGGGGAUCCAACAUUUCUCAACAUCUCUAGUUUCAUCCAGAACAUUACCUCGAAGGACUACGCUCACAUGAUACUUCAGAAGAUCACAGAUAAUACGACUCAGCAAGAGAGCUACUAUGAACCCGAGUUCUACAUUCCUGAUGAUCAUGGCACAGCACAUGUGUCAGUAGUGGCAGAGGACGGCAGCGCGGUCGCCGCCACCAGCACCAUCAACCUAUAUUUUGGCUCCAAGUUUAUGUCAAAUUCAACAGGAAUUAUACUGAACAACGAGAUGGAUGACUUCAGUUCUCCCUUGAUCACCAAUAACUUUGGAGUUCCUCCUUCUCCCAACAACUUCAUUGCCCCACAUAAAAGACCCAUGUCUUCUAUGUGUCCCACCAUCCUGCUGGACAAAAACAAUAAGGUUAAAAUGGUGGUUGGAGGCUCUGGUGGAACAAAGAUCACCACAGCAGUGGCCAAGGUGAUCUUAAAUGCACUGUUCUUCGACUAUGACCUGAAGAAAGCGAUAGUAGACCCGAGAGUUCACAAUCAGCUCAGUCCAAACACCACACAAGUAGAGCCUGACCUCGACAAGGCCAUUUUGGAGGGUCUUGCUGCGAAGAACCAUGUAAUAGAGGUGUUGAAGUCCAUGGGCGCAGUGGUUCAGGCCGUGGUCCGGAACAGUGCUGGCCUCAGCGCUGAGUCAGACCCCCGUAAGGGAGGAUACGCAGCUGGGUACUGACAUCCGACUCAGCGAUCCAGGUCUUCGGUCCAGCUGGAGGCAAUGGAGAUGCUACUUUCAAGACCCCAAGGGAACAUUGCCCUCAUGCUGCUCUGAAACAACCAAGUGCCUCCAUCAGAGAUACAGGCAAAUCAGCUCUGAACAAUCAAAAGCUCUAGUAAUGUUGAUCUCUACACACUCCAUUUUCAGUGAAUGAGGAAUAAAACAAAUUCAAAUACACUCACAAUGGAAACGCACCAUCAUUCUACAGCUGUUUCUUCCGAAAAUUUCCACACAUCAUAAUCUCUACAGUUCUUAUUACUGCGAAAGGGUAUUUAUUUCUGCUAAUAAACGUGUUGUGAUGGCCAUUAUGAACUUUCUUGCGUGACUUCUGUCUGUAUUAAGAUUUACAUCCAGGCAAGAGAACAUUUUUGCAAGACUAAGCAGGAGCGUCUCAGGGGACAAAGUUUUAAUCAAGCUUCUAAUAAGAGCUGAAGUGUGAACAAGAGUUGAAAUGCCCGUUUUAAAGUCCCACGAGUAUGUGGUCCUGCCCACAGGCACCGGCCCGACAUCAAGCAGCAUCAUUAAUGAUGAAGUUGUGGGGGACAGAGAAAAAUCACAUAAACAGUCCUUAAUUAAACUUUCAAAACUGUACUGGGCUAGAAAGUAACUAAUAAAAUGUAAAUGUACAGUUUGUUAAAUAAAAGGAAGAGUCAACCCAAAAAUAACAGUUUUGCCAUUCCAAACCUGUAUGGGUUUUCUCAUUUUGAAGAAUGUUGAUAACCAAACAUUGACUUUCAUAGUCAUUUUCGUCCACACAGUGGAAGUCAAUGGGACCAGAAAGCAUUUGUUUUCCAGCAUUCUUCAAAAUAUCUUGAAAUGCAUACAGGUUUGGCAUGACAUUAGGGUCAACCUUCAAUCUAACAAACUGUGUAUAAUUUGUUGCCUGUGACUCAUUUGUGACUCUAUGCAUUUUUAUUCUAACAUCUAAAAUAUUCUAUAUGGUAUAUUAAGUUUGCCAAGUCAAAAUUCGCUAAAAUUCCAAGUAUACAGUGUACCAAACCAUGUAAUUAUUCAAACUUAAUUCUUAAAAUUAUUUAUAAAAAAUUUUAACAAUUUCCCUCACCGUAAAUUUUAGCUGCUUUAAUUUAUAUUUUAAUAUUUAAUUAAAAUAUUCUGAAUAGCGAUGCCUUUUCUGACUGAUUUGGGAAAAUGUAAAAAGUGCAGCACAAUAAGACUUUGGAGUGGCAUAGUUCAUUACUAAACAUAAUGCAUUUAACAUUAAUUUUUUUCUUUAACAUAACCCCCCCCCCCAUUUGUUAAAAUUUGUAUUGUAAGUGUAAAUCGUUCAGGUUUUCCCCAGUGCAUGUAUAUACUGUAUAAAUGUAUAAAUAAAUGAAUAAAAGUAAUGUGUGACAAACCAAAAACAUGUAAGAAUGAAAUAAAAUGUUAUAAACAUAUUA